UUUUGUCAAAACAUUUUUCAGAAUUUCAUCAAAACAUUUUCAGAAUUUUAUCAAAACAUUUUCAGAAUUUUAUUCAAACAUUUUCAGAAUUUAAUCUAAACAUUUUCAGAAUUUCACUAAAACAUUUUUCAGAAUUUCCCCAAAACAUUUUCAGAAUUUAAUUUAAACAUUUUCAGAAUUUUAUCUAAAUAUUUUCAGAAUUUUAUCUAAACAUUUUCAGAAUUUCACUAAAACAUUUUUCAGAAUUUCCCCAAAACAUUUUCAGAAUUUAAUUUAAACAUUUUCAGAAUUUUAUCUAAAUAUUUUCAGAAUUUUAUCUAAACAUUUUCAGAAUUUCACUAAAACAUUUUUCAGAAUUUCCCCAAAACAUUUUCAGAAUUUAAUUUAAACAUUUCCCCUUAUUUCAGUUAACUCAAAUUCAAUGUUCUUCAAGCACCAUCAGAUUAUUUGCACGUUCAGUUCCUCGGGGCUACCAACCGCCUCCUACUUCCCCUUUAGUUGAGGAUGUACCAGUUAUGCAAUACAAGCAGUACAAACCCCCUUCUCGUUUCUCCCACCCUUCGAGCAACAAUUUGCCGUCAUUCAAACACCCAUCGGUCGCUGGAGAAGCUAAAGAACCUUUAAUGGUUAAUACUUUAAUACAGGUGUUUGGGCCAGAAAAAGGAGAUGAAACUGAAACUGAGGUGAAUUUUAUUUAAUGUUUUUAUUGCUUUAUUUAAUGUUUGACAAAAUGUUAUGUUUUUAUUAAAUUCUGAUUUUAUUUUUUAUUUGUUUUUAAUUGUUUUCAAUGUUUUGUUUCUAUUAAAUUCUGUUUGUUUAAUAUUUGUUUGUUUUUAUAAUAUUCUGAUUUCGUCUUUUAUGUUAUGUUUUUGUAAAAUUCUGAUUUUGUUU